AUGGGUCUCAAAAGUCUUGUGUCAAAAUUGAAACGCCACGCGCCUGCAGAAGAUCCUAUCAGCCAUUCAGGUCCAUUAUCUGGAAGUAAUAGCAAAGCGAUUCUCUCGCCUUCAGUCCCCAAAGACACAGAGAGACACCUUCCACCGCAGAAACUAACUACCGACGGGCGUGACUUGUGGCUUGAAGCCUUUGAGAAGCUGCCUCGCAAGUCGCAACAUGAACUCGAAAGACGAGGCAUGAACCGACAAGGCUCUGGGAGUAUGGUCGAUCAGGUCAAGGAAUUUCAAAGAGAGGCGGAAACACAGCGGGAUAGAAGCCUGGCUAAAGAUUGGAAGGUCCAGAUAGGCAACCAUGAGAUCCCAGUGAGGCAAACUACCCUCCAGAUCGUCCACUGGGCAGAGAAAAUUGGGGAUGUGGCCAUCCAAUUUGCGCCAGUUGCCGGCGCUGGAGGAGUGUGGGCUGUGGCAAGAUCAGUUCUCCAGGGAAUUGAUACAUUUGACAAAGAAAAGAGCGCCCUGCUUUCUGUUGUUGACAAAGUGGCGGGCGCCACCUUCUGCGGGCAGGUCUACUACGAGAUAUACAAGCCCGAGCGGACGGGCAGAAAGGAUGUCGUCGAUAGGCUUCACGAUGCCAUCGUGGCGUUGUAUGGGUGCGUGUUGGAACUACUGGUCACAUCGUCUGAUCUUUCGUCCAACACUGCCGUGCAAUUUUGCCAGGCUGCUUUUGACUCCACGAAGCCAUCCGGCAUGCUGCUAGAAUUGGAGAAGUUGGAACAAGAGCUUGCAAAAGCGGCUGGUAAGUGUGAAGAUACGGCUCACGCACACCAGGAAGUUAUUUUCAAGGAUUAUCUCCAAGAAGCUCAGAAGUCCCUCAACAGAAUCACUCGUCAUAUGGAACAUGUCUUCCAGUGGGUCAAUGACCAAGAACGGAGAGAUCUUCUCGAAUGGGUCUCAGAUAUCCAGUAUGGCCGUCAUCACGAUGAGAUCGAAGAAAGAAGAGAGCCUGAUACCGGUGAUUGGCUGGUUCAAGAUGAGAGAUUCCGCGAAUGGAUGGAUUCACCCUCAUCCAGUACCCUGUGGCUUCAAGGAUCUCCUGGCACGGGAAAAUCAUUUUUGACUUCAGCUGUGGUAAAGCAUAUCGUGGACACGAAGGGAUCCCAGAUGGAAGGAUUUGGCUAUUUCUUCUGCAACCAAGAUGAGAAAGGCCGGCGGGAAUCACUGCCAGUGCUUCGAAGCCUAGUUCGCCAGUUCGCUGCUCCAAAAAGCACUACCGAAUCGGUCAGAAAGAGCCUCCGAGAUGCACGGGAACGAGCAACUAAUAGAGCAUCACAACUCAGCUCCUCGGAAUGCCGUCGUCAGCUCGUGGAAUCAUUCAAUCUGUAUUCAAAAAGCGUCAUCAUUCUGGACGCCUUGGAUGAAGUUCUUGACGAUGAACUUGAUAUUUUGAUCGAGGCACUUGAGGAUGCCAUUGCCGAGACUAGAGACAGAGGCAGAGUAAAACUUUUCGUUGCCAGUCGGCCUGAGAAAAACAUUGGCGCGAAAUAUGGCUCAAGUUCAACGGUCAUCAUCCAGGCUCAGGACAACAAAAAGGACAUUGAGAAAUUUGUGACCAAGGAGAUGGAUAAAUUUGGCAAGAAGCAUCCCAACUCGGAACUUACCGCUAUGAAGGACACGGUUAUCCGAGUUAUUCUUGACAAAUGCGACAACAUGUUCCUGUGGGCCGCCCUCCAGAUAAAGCAAAUGGUACAAUGUAACACAGUUGAGACGAUCAAUUAUGCACUGGAAAAUCUGCCGAAGGGGCUGGGUGGGAUGUAUGAUCAAAUAUAUCGGAAAAUCCAAACCCGACUCUCGCCGGAACAAGCUAUAGCAGAAUGUGCUCUCAAUUGGGUGCUGUGUACUCCUUAUCCGCUCACAAGUGAAGAACUCCUCUCCGCAGUCCGCAUGGCUAUUGAGAAAGACAACAUCAAGUUGAGGAGUUCUGUGCAACAAGAGUCUUUGCUCUCAAUCUGUGAGAACUUGCUCAUAGUUGAUACCGAUGGUCGAUGGAGAUUUUUCCACCUUUCAGCGAGGGAGUAUCUCGUGGAGAUCCCUGGGAUAUAUCAACGAGCACGCUCUUACUGUGCGCAGGUGUGCCUUCUGUCUCUUAUGCGAACGUCUGACCCAGCAACGCUCCCUGGAAGCUUCGAGGAUCCAUUUAAUCAGAUACAUCCUUUCUCUCACCACACCCAGACCUGCUGGGCGUUCUACGUUCUUGAGCAGCCUGAGGACGAUCAGUCUGUCAUUUUGCUAAAGAAAUUCCUUGGUUCACCCGACAAAAGUAGCGCCUUUUACAUCCAGUGGUUAAAUCACGUCUCCGAGAACAGUCUUUCAGUUCAAUUACCAUCCCGGGCAGGAGCAAAUUUGUCCUAUGAAGACCUGGCACCAGGUACGACACCAAUGUUUACUAUAGCCCAGUUCUCCUUGUAUGAGGAGACUCUCCGCGAAUGGUGCGACAGCAAUAAUUUUGACCAAUUUCAACAAAAUGACCGUGGAGAAGAUUUGCUCACGAUCGCUGCCGCGACUAAUUGCAUACCUUUAUGCGCCACUCUUAUUGCAAAGGGAGUUUCCGUCAACCAGUGCGGUACUAGCGGCAGGUAUGGCAGCGCCCUUGCAGCCGCAGCCGCAUGGGGUAGACUGAAUACAGUCAAAUACCUUGUGCAGGAGGCAAAAGCAGACGUGAAUGUCGCGCUCGAGAGUGGGGAUUACGGCAGUGCACUAAAUGCCGCCGUCGCGAGUGGAAAAUUGGAUAUCGUAAGAUAUUUUGCGGAAGAGGUCAAACCAGAUGUGAACCUUCUAAUUCAUGUAAAAACACAUGGCAGUGUGCUUGCCGCCGCUGCCUUCUCCGGUAAGCUCGAUAUUGUGAGAUACCUCGUGGAGGAAGCAAAUAUCGAUGUGAAUCUUCAGCUUGGCGAGGGCACUUUCGGUAGUGUGCUUGCUGCCGCUGCCUGGGGAAGUCUCACUGUAGUGAAAUAUCUGGUGGAGGAGGCAAAAGCAGAUGUGAACCUACCGCUCACAGCUGGCAAUGCACUUGUCGCCGCUAUCUUGAGUGGAGAUCUGGAUAUCGUGCGAUACUUUGUGGAAGAGGCAAAAGCAGAUAUGGAUGUCCUACGUGAGGAUGAGUUUCUUAGCAUGGUACUUGAAGACUAUAGUAAAGAGGAUGCUGUUGCGGUCAGGGAUAUUCUGAAGUUACCCAGUGAUCAAGAGGCAGGAGAUGGGCACUGA